CGGCGAAGAUUAACAUCGGAAACUUUAUCUUAUCGUUUACGCCCGGCGAAGAUUUCCAUCGGAAACUUAAUCUGAUAGGACGGAAGAAGGCUCGAUGAAGAGCGGAUUGAAGAGCUACAAGAGGAAGAAGCUAGGGUUAGCCACAGUCAUCGUCUUCUGUUCUCUCUGUUUCCUCGUCGGUUUCUAUGGUUCCACUCUACUUUCUCAGAAUGUGCCUCGUGUUAAACCCAGGUUGAGAAUGUUGGAGAUGGUGGAGAAUGGGGAAGAAGAUACUGGCUCGAUGCCUCAUGGUGUUACUGGAGAAGAAUCUGUUGGAUCGAUUCCUUUUCAGGUACUUAGUUGGAGACCUAGGGCUAUAUAUUUUCCGAAUUUCGCAACUGCAGAACAAUGCCAAGCUAUUAUUGAGAGAGCAAAGGUUAAUCUGAAACCUUCUGCUUUGGCUCUCCGGAAAGGAGAAACUGCUGAGAACACUAAGGGCACUAGAACAAGCUCAGGAACUUUUAUCAGUGCUUCAGAAGAGAGUACUGGUGCUCUGGAUUUUGUUGAAAGGAAAAUCGCAAGGGCUACGAUGAUCCCAAGGUCCCAUGGAGAGUCAUUCAAUAUUUUACGGUAUGAACUUGGCCAAAAGUAUGAUUCCCACUAUGAUGUGUUCAACCCAACAGAAUAUGGACCACAAUCAAGCCAAAGGAUUGCUUCCUUCCUGUUGUACUUAUCUGAUGUUGAAGAAGGCGGUGAAACCAUGUUCCCAUUUGAGAACGGUUCUAAUAUGGGCACCGGAUACGAUUACAAGCAAUGUAUUGGGUUGAAAGUAAAGCCUCGGAAAGGAGAUGGUCUACUUUUUUAUUCCGUGUUUCCAAAUGGAACAAUUGAUCAGACGUCGCUUCAUGGGAGCUGCCCGGUGACCAAAGGAGAGAAAUGGGUGGCGACCAAAUGGAUCAGAGACCAAAACCAGGAAGAAUAAGUUAUGUUUUUUUCUUUUCCAUAUAUCUCAGUGAGACUCAGUCUCACAGCUUCAAUCUUUUGACUGAAAAUCUGCUGCUGGAUCCCUCGUGUACAGUUCUUCACUGAAACAGUGUAACUAUUGAAUGAUACAAAUAUUAAAACCUGAUAACGAAA